UGAACAGCAUGCUUGAAAGACAAAAACCACAAGGGGCGCUAGUUGGAAAAGCAAGCUUUUUAUGCCCCCCAAAUUCAUCAGUCGAAGAAAGACGGAAGUCAACAGAAGCCGCGGACUGUUGUUUUCUGCGCUGAACUGCAAGCAGCAUGGCGGAUGAGGAGGACGAAACUGGCUUCGAUGAGGAGGUGGAGGACGGAUCCAGCGGAGUAGAUGUUGGCCACGGGAGGAGAAAGCGGUUAUUCUCCAAGGAGCUUAGGUGCAUGAUGUACGGGUUUGGAGACGACCAGAACCCGUAUACGGAGUCUGUGGAUAUUUUAGAGGACCUGGUGAUCGAGUUUAUCACGGAAAUGACCCACAAAGCUAUGGCUAUCGGACGCCAGGGCCGUGUUCAGGUGGAGGACAUCGUUUUCCUCAUUCGGAAGGAUCCCCGGAAGUUCGCCAGAGUCAAAGAUUUGCUGACCAUGAAUGAAGAGCUGAAGAGAGCCCGGAAAGCUUUCGACGAAGCAAAUUAUGGUUCCUGACUUGACCACAGGACACUUGUUGGACCUUCAUCUAACUUGGCGGUUCCUUUCUUUUUAAUUGCUGUUCAAUUGAAACGUUCAUCAACUGACCUGUGUUUUAUGAUGAGUUUGUUCAGACCUGACUUGCUGAUCAAAAUCAGUGUUUUUUGUUAUAUGUGAUGUGCAUGGUUUUAUAUGGUGUUAUGUCAGUGAUUAGCAAGGUCAAAGUGUUGUACCUGAUGUCAUAAUGCUGUCUGGGACUGUCUUAAAUAAAGUACCGUAACUUAC